AUGGCCGCAAGCAUGCGUGGUUUCCGUAUAUAUGUGUGUGUGCGAAUACAUGCGUCUUGUAUUCAUGCAAGUGUAUACAGAUAUUUCGUCCUCCUGAUCCAAAAUCCGGGUUCCUCCCUCAGGUGCGUGGCGUUUACGGCCGCGUGGGCAUGCUGCCCGACCGCCGACGCUCAACGUUUCGACCCUAUCCGAAUUGACCCGACCGGCGGCAUCUUCGGCGCCGUCGGGGAAAGCAGCGGCGGCGACAUCAGCGUGCUUGACGCCCUCGACAUCGGCCUCGAACGAGCGCAGGCCCUGAAGGAGCCACCGGCCCCGAGUAUUGUUGCCUUCCUUCCCGGAGAUCCCGUUGGAGACGAAGUAGGCGUCGCGGCGGCCCCUCCUAUUGCAGCCUCUCCCCCCCGCCCGCCAGACCAGGCCGGGCAGCUCCUCUUCUCCUUCCGCAGAGCAGAACCGGAGGCGAAGAAGGAGGCAGAGUGCACUGGAAGGAUUCUCCUCGAGGCGUCGAAGACUUUAGUGCAAAGGAACAGGAUCCCUCCGUCCAAAGUGAGUCGCGUCCUCGCUCGACAGAGCGUGGGACUCACGUCGGAGGAAUGUCAGCGUCGCGUGGAGAAGCUGGUAGGAUGCGAUUUGGUUGAGCCCCCGACGCCUGUAUGUUCUCCUGCUUUCCCCUACCGCUCCAUCGACGGCUCCUGCAACAACCUGGCCAACCCGAAGUGGGGGGCGGCCAUGAUCCCCUUCAGGAGGUUCCUCGACCCGGCCUACGAGGAUGGCGUCGAUGCUAUGCGAGGCAGUGACCGUAUAUUUGGCGCUGAGUUGCCGUCUCCCCGUGCCGUGAGUGCCAUGUUGCAGAAGAGCGAACAGCGUCCCCAGCGCGGCCUCAUAACCCUCAUGGUCAUGCAGUGGGGUCAGUUCACCGACCACGACAUCGUCCACACUCCUGAAGCUGCUCUGGUCGACUCGGGGAAAGAUGGUGAAGAGACCAAGCCUGUUGAAUGCUGCGAGUCAGGCCAAGACUUUCCCUUUGCUGAUGGGGUGUCAGACUGUCAGCCCAUCGACGUCUCCGGGGAUCCUCUCCACAGCAAAUUCAACAGGGCAUGCAUGAAGUUCGUCCGGUCGCUCAUAGCCAACCAAGGCUGCGUCCUUGGGCCUAGAGAACAGCUCAACCAGAUCACGGCCUACCUCGACGGCUCAGCAGUCUACGGGUCCAGGGACGCCGUUGCCGAGGAGCUGCGAGCCCACUCCGGAGGCCGCCUCAACUGGACCAACAGCCCGGCUCCUGGACGCGGCCACCUCAUGCCCUUCGUGGAGUGCGAGGGAGGAGAGGGCGGCGCCUCUGGAGGGCAUUGCUUCAAGGCAGGAGAUCUGCGCUCGAACGAACAACCUGCCCUUGCCUCCAUGCACACACUCUGGGUCCGAGAACACAAUGCAGUGGCGGCACAGCUGUCUUUGGUCAACCCCCAUUGGAGUGACAGUACCCUCUAUGAGGAAGCAAGGCGUAUCGUUGGUGCCCUGAUCCAGCAAAUCACGUACCGAGAUUUCCUUCCCAUCGUCUUAGGGAACACAAUGAUGAAGAAGUUCGACCUUUACCCUUUAACUUCAGGUCUUAGUGACACCUACAACGCUUCUCAAGAUGCUUCUGUCUUAAAUGUCUUCGGAACAGCUGCUUACAGGUUCGGCCACACCCUCGUCGACGACAUGUUGCAAGGCGAAGGGUCGACCGUGCCCCUCGUCGGCAACUUCUUCAAUCCCGAGCCUCUCUUCCGGGGGGAGUCGAGGCCGUCGGCGCUGCUGGAAGGUCUGGCCACCAUGAACGCCCAACCAGCCGACGCCUACCUCGUUCCUUCGCUCACAAACAACCUCUUUAAGGGCCACAACGAUCCUAUUGGGAUGGACUUGAUGGCACUUAAUAUACAACGAGGGCGUGACCACGGACUCCCUCCUUACACGGAAUGGAGAGGGGCCUGCGGUCUUCCUCCUGUCAGCUCAUUCGCCGAUCUGGUUCCGCUGAUGUCUCCCUCGGUGGUCGAGGGAUUUGAGAAACUUUACCCGAGUGUAGAUGAGAUCGACCUGUUCCCGGCAGCCCUAGGAGAGAAGCCUGUACCCGACGGCCUGCUCGGUCCUACCUUCACCUGCAUCAUCGCCCACCAGUUCGCCAGACUCAAGCGAGGAGACCGAUUUUGGUACGAGAACCGAAAUCAACCCAAACCUUUUACUGAAGAACAACUGGAUUCCCUGAGGGAGAUCACCCUGUCUUCAGUCAUCUGCCAAAAUACAAUCCUCGAACACAUGCAGGCAAACCCCUUCUUCUCUGCCAACGCCCCUAGCAACCGGCCGCGUCCAUGCGCCUCCUACCCCGUGCUCAAAACCGAACUGUGGAGGGAGGGAGGCGGUUCCAGUUCGACCACUUCUCCGACGAUCUCUUCUACGACCCCAGACACCAGACGUUCAGGAUAUCGUUUAUACCAAACUCCGCACAAGUGAGGAAUUAAGAACGAUAAUUUCGUUAUUUUAUCCACUGUGACUGAGACUGAAUGUUGUUGUACAACUGUAUAACAUUCAGAAGCGUGUGCAGGGCUCUACUUUUGGAGGAACGCGACGGAAAAAAAAUAUGAUGGUUUUGCGUUUUUUUUCACUUAUCCUUGACAAUAAGUAUCGACCACAAUAAUAAUUCAAAUCCAUGUAAUCAUCGCCGAGAUAAUAUCUUUCAAACUUUCAAAAUGGAUGAUCUUUGGUCGACAGGACUUUGGUAUUCUCAGCACCUCUGGCAUGAUGGCGAAGUACAUAUUAAUCAAUAUAUAAAA